AUGGAAUAAAAAUAAAAAUAAAUUUAACAUUUUGUAAUUUAAAAAACUUUAGGCCAAGGCUCAGAAGCAAAAGUGAAAUUAGUAAGCUGCGAUGAAGGACAAUAUGCUGCAAAGGUUUUUUACAGAAACCCAGAAGAUUCAAAUCAACAAUCGAAAGUCCUAAAUGAAAUAAAAACACUACAGAUAUUGAAAAGCCAUCCUCAUGUUGUUGAGUAUUUUUAAGAAAUAAGAGAGAUUAAAUAAAUAAAGAAAAAUGGAAAAUAAGUUUGUUUUGAUUGCAUUUUAUUAGAAUAUUGCGAAAAUGGAUCUCUUUUUGAGUGGAUUGAAGGGACAGGUCCUUUUAAUGAAAUACUAGCAAGAUCAAUUUUCCAUUAAUUAAUAUAAAGUAUUGAAUAUAUACAUUCCUAAAGUGUCUUUCAUUUAGAUUUAAAGCCUGAAAAUAUUUUACUAAACAGAAAUUAUUAAAUUAAGAUUACAGAUUUUGGAUUAGCUCAAAAUGUUUCUGACAAAGAAAGUAUAUCAAAAAUUAAUAAUGUUUAUUUCAAGCCAACCGUAUACCAUGCUCCUGAGUUAUAUGAAUAAAAUCUAAAAGAUUUAGCUGCUAUUGAUAUAUUUUCACUUGGUGUCAUAUUGUUUAUUCUAUUAACAGGGCAUCUUCCUUUCAAAGAAGCUUCACCAGAAAAUUAACAUUUUUAAUUCAUUAAAAACAAUCAAUAUUCUUAAUUUUGGAAAAUUCACUAAAAAAAUAAAGGAUAAUAAAAUUUCUUUUCAGAAGAAUUGAAAGAUUUUUUGUAGUAACUAUUUGAAUUUAAUCCUGAAAAAAGAUUAAAAAUUGUAUAAAUAAAAUAACAUGCAUGGUAUAAUAAAAGUGUUUUGUCUACUAAAGACAUUUAUGAAGAAUUUGAAAAGAAAAAGCAAGAAUUUCUUCAAUAUAAAGAAGAGCAGCAAUUUGAAAAACGUUAUUAAAAAAUAGGAAAACUAAAAUGUGAUAUUUUGAAUUAAAUUAGCUUAUAGUCUACUUACUGGUGA